AUGAUCUUGUGUUUCAGGAUGAUUCGAUCAGUAGCGACGGUCGCCUUAUUAGCGACGAUAGCAUUGGCACAAAACAAAGUGACAGAGUUCGAAAAUCCUACCGUAAGUUUAUUUGUUGUUGUAAGAUUUCAAUUUUUAUUUAUUUUUCCUUAACCAACUUACCAUGCCUUACUCUACUUUACCCUAUCCUAUCUUUCUCUACAUUACCCCAAACUCCCCUACCCUACCCUACCUUACUCUACCGUACUAUACUCUGAACAAACCUAUUCUCGCUUACGCUUUUUUCUAUAUUUUUUGUAUUCUUGCAUUACUCAUGCCUCUUUGCCCUACCUUUUCUCUACAUUUGCCUACGUUUGACCGUGCCCUACAUUUUCCAUGCCCUAUGCCUAACUUCACCUUACCCUAGCCUGAGAACCUUAAUCUAAUCUGAGAACUGUACCCUAACCAAACAAUUCAAUUAAUAAGUUCUUCCCAAUUACAGGACUGUGGAAACCAAGCCUCGGACUGGAAGCCAUGUAUCGAGCGUAAGAUCGCCGAUCAAGUAUUCGGAUCAUGUUGUGAACGUUUCGUCCCACCAGAAUGCCGUGGCCUCUGCAUCUACGAGAACCACCCAAUCGAGGCUCGUGUGGUUUUGAUGCACACAAUUCAACCAAGCCGAUGCCGAUUGUACAAAUACUUGAGCUCCAUUGUGCACUGUGCUGCUCAAACUCAUGACAACUCGGAGUGCUGCCGUGACAUGGGCUUGGAGGAUAUCGGAUCUCAAUGCAUGCAGUUGUGCCGACCUCAGGUAUGGUUUUAUUAUUUUUAAACUGAAAAUUUAAAGUUUUGAUACUAAAAUUGGUAUUAAGAGGUUUCAAAAAGUCUUGUCAUCAAUUGACAUGGUUUUGUUUGGCGAAAAAUGACAAAACUUUUUGCGCCAUUUUACAAUAUAGGCUUUGUAAAAUUUUAAACUUGAAACAUAAGAAGUGAUAACAAUGAAAAUUUUAAAAUUUUAAAAAAUCACCCCAAAAUAAAAAAGUUUAAAAAAAAUUACCCCGCCCAUUUACAGGCCAACCCACGCCAACUGUGGGGUGCCAAAUCGCUACGCAAAGACCUGGUUCAAUGCUUGUCCAAAUGGGACCAGGUAAUGCAUUGUCAUCAAUCUGGUCUCCGUGCUCGCAAAAUCAACGUCCAAAACGACUCGCCCGAUUCAUUGAAACACGUUUAA